GGAAGAAUACGAUCUCUUCAUUGAGAAAUAUAAAGUAGACCCCCUAAGGGCAAUAGGCGAGCACAGUAUCAUGCUCCGCGCGAUCGAAAACUAUAAAAAUUUUCUAAAUGGCUCACAACGGUAGAUUAAAACCACAUUCCCUGACUGUCGGCUUCUUCAAUGCAGACGGGCUCACCGAUAAAUUACUCGAGGUCCGCGAAUGGAUAAGCGACCACAAACCGGACAUCUUUCUGGUGCAAGAGACCUUCUUGAAACCUAGCCUUCGCGAUCCCAAAAUAGGGAAUUACCUAAUGAUUAGAAACGACCGGACCACCCAAAGGAAGGGAGGUACAGCUAUAUAUCACAGAAGGGCUCUUCACUGCACUCCUCUUGAUCCUCCCGAGCUUACUAACAUGGAAGUCUCAGUAUGUCAGGUCAGUAUGACCGGCCAUCCGCCGAUCACACUGGUUUCAGUUUAUAAACCCUGCGGUAAACGUCUCUUAGAGAGUGACAUUCAGACACUCCUCUCCUUAAGUGACUCCGUCAUUUUGGCCGGUGACUUUAACACUCUAAGAAGACUGACUGACCGCGACGAUGCUAAUUUCAUUUUGCUCACCCCCGACAAACCAACACGUUACCCGAGACUGACGGACACACGAAACCAAACUCCGAGCGUACUGGAUCUGGCACUCCUAAAGAACAUCACUCUUGAAGUGAGUCCUUUGGAGGUGUUCUCGGAUCUGGCCUCGGACUCGGACCACAGACCAGUUAUACUCCAGCUUGGCCCCCCGCCCUCCACGACACCCCCGACCAAAACUAUAAUUAAUUACGGGAGACUGUCUGAGCGUCUCAAGUCCUUGGCUUCACAGCACCUAGAUAAAAUUCCUGACGAGAUAGAAACGUUAGGCGAAGCGCUCGCAGCUUCUUCGAACCUAAAUGGCCAUAUUCGCGAAGCAAUAAAAGAUUGCACCAAGGAGGUCCCUGCCUUCAGCAAGGCCCCCUUGUUGUCGGACCUACGGGCCCUACUAACGGAUAGAAACGCCCAGCAAAGACGCUACGAAUCUGAACCGACCCGACAAAACGCGAGUCUACUUUGGACUCUCGGAAGACGGUGCAAGCGUCGCUUGCGCUGGCGUUAUGACAGACAAUGGGACGACCGACUGAGAGAGCUCGAGCCAUCGCACGUAGCCUUCUACGACGUGGCAAGAUAUCUCAAAGCCGACCGCCUCGCAGCCACCCCACCUCUCAAACGCCCUGGCCUCCCAAACGCGAUCGAGGACAUCGAUAAGGCCGAAUGCCUAGCCGACAGUCUGGAAGCCCAGUGCACUCCAAGCACUACGGCAUUUGUAAAAUCACACGCGAAAAAAGUGAAGUCCGAACUCACUUCUAUCUUAUCUCGCCCCCCGGACGGAGUCGAAAUUACCCCUACGUCAUGCGAGGAAGUCUCUGCGGUUAUCAAGGGCUUGCGCAAAAAGAAGGCUCCGGGGCCUGAUACGAUUAGCAACAAAGCUUUAAAGCUUCUCCCGGUCCAGAUAAUCAACCUCCUGGUGAACAUCUUCAAUGUUCUCCUAGCUCACUGCGCCUUCCCAGACGCAUGGAAAGAAGCCACGGUCAUUGGCAUCCACAAGCCGGGUAAACCCCGCGACCUCCCGACUAGCUACCGCCCAAUUAGUCUUCUCAACACCAUUGGCAAGGUGUAUGAGAUAAUCAUUUUGAAUCGUCUCAAAGCCAUUUGCGAUGAAAAGCAACUUCUCAUCAAACAACAGUUUGGAUUUCGAUGUAAACACUCAUGUGUUCAUCAAGUGCACCGCCUCACGAAGCACAUUCUAACCGGUUUUAAUACAUUUCAUAACCCCAUCGCCACCGGGGCGCUCUUCUUUGACGUAGCUAAAGCGUUUGACCGCGUCUGGCACGAAGGCUUGAUAUUCAAACUAAACCGUUUCGGCGUACCAAACAAAAUGGUACGCUUGCUACACAGCUUUCUGUCCAACCGCACCUUCAGGUACCGUAUAGACGGCACUCUCUCUUCACCCAGACAGAUUCGCGCAGGAGUCCCUCAGGGCUCCGUGCUCUCCCCGCUUUUAUACUCGCUCUUCACAAGCGACAUUCCCACCGACCACCCGGGCGUACACGUCGCCCAGUUUGCGGACGACACCGCACUGUACGCGACGGCAGUAAACCGGGUCCACAUUAGAGCCCGCCUCCAGAAGGCGGUAAACAUUAUAGGUAAAUGGUUCCGCCUUUGGCGUAUAGAAGUCAACCCAGAGAAAAGCGCAGCCGUGCUUUUCACCGGCAAAGCGGUCUCCCGUCUCAAGUCCGGACUCAAAGAAGUCUCCCUUUACGGAGCACCCAUCCCCUGGCAACGUACUGCCAAGUACCUAGGCGUUACCUUCGAUAACCGCAUGAGCUUCUCCAUGCACGUUAACAAAGCGAGAAAAAAGGCCGCAUACGUAAUGCACCGCCUUUACGCUAUGAUAAAUAAGAAAAGUAAAUUGUCCCUCCGCUCAAAGCUAACGCUUUAUAAAACUACGAUCCGUCCGAUCUUAACCUACGCUAGUGUAGUGUUUGCCCACCGUCCCAAAGCGACCCUUAGGCCGCUUCAAACCCUACAGAAUCGUUUUCUGCGUCAAAUCACGGGCGCGCCGUGGUUUUUACGCAAUAAUGACCUCCAUAGAGAUCUAGAAUUACCGACAAUAGCAAAGUACAUGAAACAGCUCUCUCAAAACUAUUUUGACAGAGCUGCCAUCCAUCCCAACCAACUAGUGGUUGAGGCCUGCAAUUACACUCCCAACCUAAACGCUAACUGCAAGCAGAGGCGUCCCAAGAACGUCCUUUACGAUCCAGACGAUGACAUAACAACCGACAAUGCUUCCCAGGUAACACAAUCACAAGCUACACAGCGUCUUCGCCGGCGAAGACGAGGUCCCCGAUAUCUAACGUCACCCGGACGUGGGUUUUCUAACUCACGAUCUUGGGGGCGUCCGGACGCUGAUCCUCAAAAAAUGAGCCACCUCUCACCAGUCGUCAAAGUCACCAGUCGUCAAAUGCCAUUAACGAUAUGCAGUUCAAAAUCCGCCAUCACUCCGGAACUGCUGGAGACAGUGUUUGGAAGUCCUCACAAUGGGACAGUGGCCAUAGAAGCAGCACCACCUGCUCAGGCUAAACCAAUUCUACCAGAAGCAUUGCCAGAUUCCGCUGUAGCAGACUACGCAGACCAGUCGUAUGUUCCAUCAGUAGCUGACUACGAUAAAUUUGACUGGACACUUACGAAGCGAGUAGCAUCAAGUUCGAGAGAGAACUUCCUCCUGUCUCCCCUAGGCCUCAAGCUGGCUCUGGCAAUUCUAACAGAAGCAUCGACUAGUACUACUAAGAGUGAGCUGUCUUCUGUACUGGGCUUCGAUAACGACAUGACAGUGGUCAGGAGUAAGUUCCGGUUCAUCUUGGAGUCGUUGCGGACCAAGUCGUCUCACUACGUGCUAAACCUAGCCAGUAGAAUAUACCUCGACGACAAUCUGAUACCAGGCCAACACUUCGCAGCGCUGUCAGAGAGUCACUAUAAAACUGAAAUCAAGAAGUUGAACUUCGGCUACCCCGUAGCAGCCGCUUACUAUAUUAACCAGUGGGUCAACUAUACCACUGCUGGAAAAAUUACAGACUUAGUCAAUGCAGAUGACGUAGCAGGAGCCACCGCUUUAGUGUUAAACACAAUCUUCUUCAAAGGCACAUGGCAACAUCAGUUCAACCCGAACGUCACCAAGCAGGAUGUCUUCUACACCUCAGCUACAGAGAAGAAAGACACCACCUUCAUGCAAGUUAGGGACAACUUCUUCUACGCCGAAUCUAAUAAGUUGAACGCCAAAAUUUUGAGGAUGCCGUAUUUGGGUAACAAAUUCGCCAUGUACAUCAUAAUACCUAACUCUUUGACUGGUCUGGAUGAGAUCUUCAACGAGCUGACGGAGUUACGCAGCGAAUUGUACUACCUGCAAGAGUAUUUGGUGGACGUCACUAUCCCGAAGUUCCAGUUUGAAUAUACUUCGAUAUUGGAUGGAAUCCUUAAAGAGUUGGGAAUCCGGCAAGCGUUUGAAGACACUGCCUCUUUCCCCGGCAUCUCCCGCGGGCAGAGCCUGGGCAGUCGGAUGAAGAUCUCGAAAGUGCUGCAGCGAUCUGGCAUCGAGGUCAACGAACUCGGCAGCGUCGCGUACUCCGCUACAGAGAUCGCCCUCGAGAACAAGUUCGGAGAAGCCUCAAUGCCGAAUGCCGAAGUGGUCGCCAACAGGCCGUUCCUGUUCUUCAUCCAGGACGAGGCGACGAGACAACUGCUGUUCACCGGACGAGUGUCCGAUCCGUCCGUCGUGGACGGAGCUUUCAAACUGCCAUAGAAAUGUAUUAAUGUUAAAGUUAUAUAGUUAUUCUUAAGGUGAAAAACCACACAUUGGCUGGUAUAUGUUCUGUAUGGUAUUUAAAGGAGAUGGUCCAAAGUACCCUGGCAAAAGUAAAUAAAACUGUUUUUUUAGACUAUUAUUGAUUAUACAAAUCUACGAAUUUACGUUAAUUCUUUCGAAAUAAUGAAUCUCUCCCAAUAAAUGCAACGCUAUUAAGGGUAAUAAUGGCGGAGUCGAUUUGACGUUUGCUGUCAAUUGUCAAGUCAUAGUUGCUCUAUGGGCGCCAUCUUGUUAAAACUCAAAAACUUGGGUUUUAAUUUUAUUAAUUUCUUUAUAUUUAGUUACACUUAUUUACUCAUUUAGAUUGUAAUAAAAUCUUUGUAUUUUUUACAUUUUAAUGAUACGGGGUACAAGAGUGGAGCUGAAAUGGACCAUCUCCAAUGACAAUUUAGUAUUCAAUAAGAAAUACUUGCUAGUCAAACUGUUUCCGUCGUAGUAUAUCGAAUAGUGGGUAUUGUAUAGUCCAAAACUCCGAUUCAUCCCUUGUGACUCGAGAAAAAGCUUCAGGGGCCCCAUUAUAACUAUUAUUAUCACUCAAUAUUUGUCAGAUAUAUUAUGAUGCGUGGGUUUUCUCCGGCCCGUGUGAUGGUGGCUUCCUUCUGAUUGGUGGGGGGGGGGCUGAUGGUGGGGAGGGCAGAUAUAUUAUUAAAUAUUCUAUAUAUCCAGUACCUACCUAUAGGAUUUUUGACGGCCUCCGUGGCGCAGUGGUAUUCGCGAUGGAUUUACAAGACGGAGGUUCUGGGUAAGAUCCCCCAGCUGGGCCGAUUGAGGUUUUCUUGUUAGGAUAUAUGGUCAAAUGAUGACAAAAGAAAUAUUUACAUUUCUCUACGCACGUUACUGAUUUCUUACCAAUCGAGGCCGAGUUCUUACCAAUAUUGUACAGGACAUAUCCAAACCCAACGUGUCCAAUCGACCAAGUGGAAAAUCACCUAAAAAGAACAGUUCAAAUUAAACUAAGAGACAAAACAAAGCAUUUUAUAUUUGCCACAAUAAAGUUCAUGACAUACCUACGAUAAAUAAAAGUGUACAACCUAAUAA